AUGCGCGAUAUUGUAUGUACGUCAUGAGCCCAGCUAGCUUGCAGCAGUCCGAGCAAACUUGAAUUUAGAAUCAGAGAGUGAGAGAUUGAUGAAGCUAUAAUGAAUGUCGACUGUGCUUAGGUAUGGCAGAUACUCGGGAUUUUCUUCUAGAAGAAAUCAAGCACCUCCUGAAAGAGGUGAAUGACUUUCUUUCAAUUACACUGAAGAAGGAGAAGCUAAAGAAAGAUGUUGGAUCUAAGAGAGAAGAUUUAUGUCAACAAAUCACCUCUGUCAUUGGUAAAGUUGACAAGAUAUUGCCAGUAGAACAGGAGGAAUAUGCUGAUGUCGAGAUAGAGGAAUCCCACAAUGCACCUCCCAUCGAGGAAGAAGGUGAGCUGUAUGAGGAUACGGCCAUCCCAGACUCUCCCAAUAAGAACAUGAUGUCCCAAGGCUCUGACCAUGAUACCCUGGAAGAACCAGAAUUACCUCAGGCAUCAGAAAAGGAUGAAAAUGGAGAACCAUACAGUGACAUGAAGAUUGGUCCAAUAGCUGCUACGGACCUAACCAAACCCAUCAAGGAAGGCUAUCUAGAGAAAAGGAGGAAAGAGGGUCAACUUGGAAUUUCCCAGUGGCAGCGUCGCUACUGUGUCAUCAAAGAAAACAUCUUGUACUACUUUAAGAACCCCAAUGACAAACAGCAGAAGAAUGUGAUUAUACUGAAUGGAUACGAGGCAAGGCCAAACUCAGACUUUGAUAAGAAACACAAGAAGAGAGACUUCAUCUUUGAAGUUGUCUGCCCAGCCAAAAGAUCAUAUCAAUUCAUAGCAUCUAGUACUGAAGAGAUGAGAUCCUGGAUUGAUGCGAUAUCUUCUGCCAGCACUAUUGUCCCAGCUGUUGAAUCAUCCAUAAAGCCCAUUCCAGAGGCUGUGGCAGGUAUACCUCCUGAAAAACCACCGUCUCCAAUACCCGAAGACUUUGAUGAGACUUAUGAUGACGUAGAGACUUAUCAAAAGUCAAAGAUUCAGAAGCCUCCUGAAGUUCCUCUGCCUCCAGGUGACCAGGGUGAGAUAUACGAUGAUACCGAGCUAGAGAUCAUUGACACUGAUGAAGUAUAUGAGGAUGUAUCCAGUGGUACCAAAGAACCAGAAGCAGCACCCAGACCACCACCAGCUCGACACGGUGCACUACCAGAAGUACCACAUUCGCCAUCCCAACCCACCAUGCAACUUCCAGCGAUUCCUACGUCUCAGCGUCCCAAGCCAGAUCUCCCAAGGAAGGUGUCAGAUGAGAAGCCCGCACCUGCACGAAGGGCAAGUGAUGAGAAGACCCCUACAAAGACUGAAAGCUUGCCACCUUUACCCACCUCAACCCCGACCGUACCUCCCAAACCAGAACCAUGGGAAGAGGAUUAUGACAACAUUUAUAUGGGUAUGUGGGACUGCUUUCCUGAUGAUGAAAAUGAAUUGGAGUUCAAGAGAGGAGACUUGGUUCAUAUUGUAAGUAAAGAGUUUGACUCCUUCAACUGGUGGGUAGGUGAGAAGAACAGCAAAAUUGGUCUGGUGCCAAAAACCUACCUAAUGAUGGCAUAUAGUUUAUGAUGCAAGCUUUGAAAAGUUGGGCUGUUUCCAGAGUCACUUCUUGGCAAAGCAGUAAGGGAGGAAGUCUCAUGUUUAUCCACUGAAUACAUUCAUUCGCAAGUGAAAUAUGCAGCAUUUAAAUGAGAAAUGCAUCUCAGUAUGAAUAUUUUUUAUUUUUAAGUAUAUAUAUUUCACAUAUUAUGAUAAUCACUUUGGUUAUACAUUUUUAAUUUUUAUACAUUAUUCAUACAUGUAUAUCAUAUUUUCUAUUUUUGUCUCGCCUGCAUAGCAGAGCGAGACUAUAGGCGCCGCUUUUCCGACGACGGCGACAGCGGCGUCGUCAACAUUGAAAUCUUAACCAAGGUUAAGUUUUUGAAAUGUCAUCAUAACUUAGAAAGUAUAUAGACCUAGUUCAUGGAACUUGAACAUAAGGGUAAUCAAGUAUUACUGAACAUCCUGCCUGAGAUUCAGGUCACAUGACCAGGGUCAAAGGUCAUUUAGGGUCAAUGAACUUAGACCAUGUUGGGGGAAUCAAUAUCGAAAUCUUAACCAAGGUUAAGUUUUUGAAAUGUCAUAACUUGAAAAGUAUAUGGACCUAGUUCAUAAAACUUAGACAUAAGGGUAAUAGUGUAUCACUGAAUAUCCUACCCGAGUUUCACGUCACAUGAUUAAGGUCAAAAGUCACUUAGGGUCAACAAACUUUGGCCAUGUUGGGGUUAUUUGAGGAAUUGUCAUCAUAACUUUAAAAGUUUAUGGAUCUAGUUCAUGAAACUUGGACAUAAGAGCAACCGUGUAUCCCUGAAUAUCAUGUGCGAGUUUCAGGUCACAUGACCAAGGUCAACGGUCACUUAGGGUCCAUGGAUUUUGGCCAUAUUAGAGGUAUUUGAGGAAUUGUCACCAUAACUUUGAAAUUUUAGGGAUCUAGUUCAUGAAACUUGGACAUAAGAGCAAUCAAUUAUCCUUGAACAUCCCUUGCUAAUUCCAGGUCACAUGACCAAGGUCAAAGGUCAUUUAGGGUCAACAAACUUUGAUUUUGAUUUGAUUUGAUUUGAUUUUGAUUUGAUUUUAUUCACCAACGAUAACAACAUAUUUACAGAUGUUUACAUAUUACAUUAUUAUGUCAUGCAUAUAAAUAUUACAGAAAUGAAACAUACAUGUAUAUGUUAAGAGCUGAUAAAAGGGACCAGAAAAUAGCACAAGUGCUAGUCGAGCCUGGCCCCUACACAUAUUAGUAAUAUAGGCGAAUAUUGAACUUUAAAGUAUGUUUUUUAAAAAAAAACACAACAAAAACAACAACUACAAAAAAACAAAAUAAAAUUAUGAGUGUAACAUUUUAUGUUAUAUACAGAGCAAAUGUACUUUGCUAAUGUUGGGGGUAUUUUUGGAAUUGUCAUCAUGAAGUCUAUGGAUUUAGUUCAUGAAACUUGGACAUAAGAGCAGCAAUGUAUCCCUGAAUAUCCUGUGUGUGUUUCAGGAACAUGGCCAAGGUCAAAGGUAAUUUAAAGGUCAAUGAACUCUGGCCGUGUUGGGAGUAUGCGUUGAAUUGGCAUCAUAACUUAGGAAGUUUAUGGUACUUGCUCAUGAAACAUUGACAUAAGGGUAAUCAAGUAUGAAUGAUAGUUUUGCACAAUCCUAUUAGGUCACAUGAUCAUGGUCAAAGGUCAUUUUGGGUCAAUGGACAUAAUAUCUUAUUAUCUUAUUAAUGUUUUCUUCUGUGAAUAAUUAUUCAUUAGCUGUUUUUCAAAGGAAGCACUGCUGCUAUAUCGAAUUGCGUAAUGCAGGCCAGACUGCCAGUGGCGUUCCACUUGUUCUAUUAUUCUGAUCAUUUUUUUUUUGGGGGGGGGGCUAUCUUUCAAUCUGGAAAUGGAAUUUACAUAGAAACCGCUCAGUUCUGUAUGGUUAUCUCAUUAUCAAUGUGCUAUGUGCAGUAUAUUACUUCUAUUGUGGUGUAGAAGGAGGAGGACUGACUGUUCUUGAUGAUAGUCCAUUUUUAAUACAUAUAUAGGUGUGUUACAUGACUGUUCUAGGAUUUACUCUUAGAAGUAUCUUGCCUACUGUGGAGAAAACAAAGACAAUUUCAAGAAUUUCAAUAUACCAAUAAUAAGUGACAAUUGUUGAAAGGCUAAGUGUCCGUGGUAGCAUUCAAGCAUUGAUGACCAUACUUAUUGACUUUUGUGAUGCACAAAACAAGGGCUAUUUUUACACACCAGAUUGUUCCAUGUUUGCUGUAGUUGUAGUCAAGCACAAAGUAUUACUAGUUUUCACUUAACUUACAUUAUUUUCAUAUUUUGAAAUGUCUAUUUUGCAUAAUAUUAUAAUAAAUGUUAAAGUUAUGUAAAAACAGAUGGCUGUAAUUGUAUUUUCAACUCAUUAGGCAUUAUUGACAUCAGGGCGAUUCCACACUAGAACUUCAAAAAUAUCAUAAAUUUCAACAUGCUUUCAAUAAGUCAUAAGUAGUGUAAUAUUUUACUAUGAUACCUAAAUUUUAUGAAAAUUAUGAGUUUUAACCAAAAGUGAAGUCAGAUAUAGUUUUUUUUGGGGGAAACAAUGGAAUUUUCAAUAAUUUUGCUAAUUAAAUAGUCAAGUACAAACACUGCUUGAAACGAUUAUUGGCAAAGCACGAGAAGAUUGAAAUUAUUGCAGGUCAAUGGAAUAAUGUAUCAUUGAUGGUUCCAAAUAAUAUCGAACAUUUUCAUGAUCCAUAAUAGGGGCAGCCCUGAUUUUUCCGAACCUAUUUUUGGGAAUGUCCCGUAAGACACAUGAAAAUGCAAAAGUUUUUCCUACAAUUUUAUUUUUGAUGAUGCAAUUUCACAAUAUCAGUUUCUCUGUCUUUGACCAAUGGGUGAUCGAUUUAUCCCAUAAGGAUUUAAUUACUGCCUUUCAUUUUUCAAUAAUUGUCCUAUUAAAAGUUGUCCCGUACGACACAUAAUAUAUACUGCAUUUAAUUGCAGGAUUUGGAGUCAGAAACUAUAAAUAGUAGACCAAUUUUAAUUUGAGUAAUUGAUUUGACAUAACGUGAACUGAAAAAGCACUUUUUUAAUCUCCAUAGAACAUGAAAUAGGUGAUUCUAACCAUUUUAAUUGACUUCAUGUAGGCGUAUUCUGUUGUGAAUCCCUUCAGCUAAACUGGUGAUUUUCACUGGUCAGAGUAGGUUAAUUUCUUUGUCAUGGAGCAUGAAAAGAAAACCUUUAUAAUUGAUUCACCCUAGCCUGGAAGAUGACUUCCUCUUGCAUGCUAAUGUGAAAUUAUUAUAAGAUGUAAAAAAAAUAUUUACAUAUCAAUCAUCUAUUUGGACUUCCCUUGAUGAUCACUAAUUUUUUUAUAUACAGUAUUGAAACUCCUUACUUUUUUCAAGUUGUUGAAAAAAAAUCUGGAAAAUAAGACAAACCAUAUGGUUUCAUGAAAUGCAGAAAGGUUUAAAAAGUAGAAUUGCAUUUCUUUAG